GGAAGUAGUGCAGCUGGGCAUAAAGCCUAUUGUGAUUAAGACGCAGUAUCACUUAUAAGUAGAUACUGAAAUGCAAUCUUUUAACAAAUAUGGGAUAUUUAACCUUAAAUAUAUUUAUUUUACCUAUACAUUCAUCUUUUGUAUAUUCUUAUUCAUUUAAUAUUAGUGUAGUAAAUGAUUGUUCAUUAAUUUCCUUGCAUUUCACGAAUUUUGACAUAGAGGAAAGGGACUUUUAUUUUGCUUAUUGGAGCCUGUCGCGCAGUGACGUCAUAAGAGACAUCAGUUGAUGUAUAAAUACUGUGAAGAGGACCAAUAAUCAGCUGCUGUCACAACACAUUGUUGUAAUGAUGGAGUGUGUUAAAGAGGAGACUGAUCCUGAAUCAUUCACAAUAACACCUCAACAUACUGAACAACAAACAGGCCUGACAGUAGUGAAAGAGGAAGAUCAACAACAAAAUGAAAUGGAGGAUGAACAUCAGCAACACAAUUUCAUAAGUGAAGAAAAUUCAUUGGGUUCACCUCAAGAAAAAGCAGAAGACAAACUCUCAAAAGAGAUAGGACAUUUAAAUGUUCACACAGGAGCAAUGCCAUACACCUGCCCUCAAUGUGGAAAGUGUUUUACACUAAAAGGAAAUUUUAAGGUUCACCUACAGUCUCACACAGGAGAAAUGCCGUACAGCUGCCAUCAGUGUGGAAAACGUUUUAAACAAAAAGGAAAUCUUAAGAUUCACCUAGUGUCUCACACUGCAGAAAGGCCAUACAGCUGCCCUCAAUGUGGAAAGACUUACAAAUAUAAAAGACACCUUAAGGACCAUUUUAUCACUCACAGAGAUGAGAGACCCUUUGCAUGUCCUCAUUGCGAUAAGACUUGCAUAAGUAAAAACAGCCUUAAGGAACAUUUAAUAACUCACAGUGUUGAGAGGCCAUUUGAAUGCCCUCAUUGUGGUAAAUGUUUUAAACGACAAGGAGCUCUUAAAGAUCACAUAAAGUCUCACACUGGAGAACGGCCAUACAGCAGCAUAAGUAAAAGUCACUUUGAGGAGGAACGUUUAGUAAGUGAGACGUCCUAUGAAUGCCCUCAGUGUGGAAAAUGUUUCAAACAAAAAGGAGCUCUUAAUGUUCACCUGAAGUCUCACAUGGAAGAAAGGCCACAUACGUGCCAUCAAUGUGGAAAGACUUACAAACACAAAAGAUGCCUUAAGCAACAUCUUGCCAGUCACGGAGAUGAGAGACCCUUUGUGUGCCCUCAGUGUGGUAAAUGUUUUAAACGACAAGGAGUUCUUAAUGUUCACUUAAAAUCUCACACUGGACAAAUGCCGUACAGCUGCCCUCAGUGUGGUAAAUGUUUCAAACAAAACGGAGCUCUUAAUGUUCACAUGAAGUCUCACACUGAAGAAAGGCCACACAUCUGCCCUCAAUGUGGAAAGGCUUACAAACAUAAAAGCCACCUUAAGCAACAUCUGGUCAGUCACGAAGAUGAGAGACCCUUUGUAUGCCCGCAGUGCGAUAAGACUUGCAUAAGUAAAAACAGCCUUAAGGAUCAUUUAGUAAGUCACAGUGUUGAGAAGCCAUUUAAAUGCCCUCGGUGUGGUAAAUGUUUUAAGCGACAAGGAACUCUUAAUGCUCACAUGAAGUCUGACACUGGAGAAAUGUCAGACACCUGCAUAAGUAAAAGACACUGUGAGGAGGAACAUUUACUAAGUGAGAUGCCCCUUGAGUGCCCUCAGUGUGGUAAAUGUUUUAACCACAAAGGAAAUUUUAAGGUUCACCUAAAGUCUCACACAGGAGAAAUGCCAUACAGCUGCCCUCAGUGUGGUAAAUGUUUCAAACAAAAAGGAAAUCUUAAGAUUCACCUAGUGUCUCACACAAAAGAAAGGCCAUACAGCUGCCCUCAAUGUGGAAAGACUUUCAAAUAUAAAAGACACCUUAAGGAACAUUUUAUCACUCACAGAGAUGGGAGACCCUUUGCAUGUCCUCAUUGCGAUAAGACUUGCGUAAGUAAAAACAGCCUGAAGGAUCAUUUAAUAACUCACAGUGUUGAGAGACCAUUUGAAUGCCUUCAGUGUGGUAAAUGUUUUAAACGACAAGGAGCUCUUAAAGAUCACAUAAAGUCACACGCUGUAGAAGGGCCUUUCACAUGCCCACAAUCAGACACCAGAAUUUUUCCAAAUUCUGGAGAAAUUCCCUAAAAGUGCUCACAUUGUUACAAGAGUCUGUUAUUUAAGAGUCUGUGAGGUCCCCACCAAAGAAUAUUCUACUAAUAGUCUGAACUGUAGUACUUGGGUGAUUCUCACGAAAACUUGGUUUUAAAAAUGUCAAGCAUGAAAAUGUAGAAAUUGCAUAAAUUUACUUUUUUCCCCACCAGACAUUGAAAAACAAAGUCUGGAGUAAAUGGGAACAUUAAUUUAAAAACUUUUACUUAUCAUUUAACACUUUUUGUAACAUAAUUUAAAAAAUUUGUCCUAAAAAAUCUCAUUACCGCAACAGUCAGAAAACAUCAACACUGACAUAUUUUCAAAAUGACAUGACAAACCUGAAAGAACAUAAUUUGGAGAUUCUGCACAUGCAUUUAAAAUCAAAGUAUUAUGCUUCUAUUAAUUAAAUUAACAUUUAAUAAGCAUCUGUUGCGGUAAUGAUAAUCCAAAUGUCGUGUAAGCAUUCUGACAAGACAAUAUUUCAAAUUAACUGUAAAAAAAUGAUCUUACCUGGUAGCCAUCUUGAAGUAACUGGUCCAUGUGCUUGGUCACUCAAAAUCAAACUUUAUUAAAAUUCUGUAUGUGUGCUUAAACUGUUCUCAAAAAGUGUUGCGGAGGAUGAGAACAUCAGGCAUGGACACAUCAUUUUCCUAAUUUCAUUAUUAUUAUACAUGAAUAUUCAGUAAAUAUUUUUUCUGUCAUCUAAAGUAGUCUAACAAAACAUCCAUUUAUUUUUUUUCUUAAUAUUUUUGUGUUAAUUUGAGUAAAUUACAACAUAACGCAUGUUCAAACACAGCUGGACACAUUGCGGUAAUGAGAAUUUCAGCAGAAAAUGAGAUAAAAUUUACAAUUAUAAAUUGUUAUGUUGAAAUCACAUAUUGUGCAAGGUAGAACACAGUAUUGUAUUAAUUCUGAUGCUUUUUAAUGUUACUAUAUUACACAUUUUAAAGCUAAAAUCAUUAGUGCCGUGGUGUUUCAAUGGUUUCGUGAGAAUCACCCACUUAUUUAUUACAUAUUUUUUUAUAUGAGCUUGGCUUCUUUUAUGUUUGUUAACAUUUUAAACAAUGAUAAAACAUAUCAACAAGUACAAUGAAGUAAAAUCAACAUUGUACUUGUUUUAAGUAGACUAUAUCAAAAAGUAGCCCUCCAUAUUGUUUUAUCCAUUGUGGUAGCCCUUGCUCACAAAAAGUUUGAAGACCCCUGCAUUACAUUGACUCUUUGGUGAAAUGACUCUUUUGGCUGCCAUCCAUCACCGGAUCAUUGUUCGUGACCAAUGAAUCUUUCAAAAAAAAAAAAAAAAAAACAUCUAAAGACACAACUCUUUUGCAUUCUUUGUAUUAUGCACUUAUUUACACAUUUUCACUUUUAACUUUAACAUUGUGUACAAAAUAUUAUUUAUAAACCUCUCAUUUAUGCUGUUUACUUCUAGUGUCAACACUAUACUUGUAAGCAAAACUUUGUGAAGUGUGAUUGUUGUUGGUUUUAAAAUAAAAUGUAAAAAUUCUCCACCAUUUGUAAACUGUUUUGGAUAAAAACAUUUGCCUAAUAAAUAGUACAAAUGAA